GAACUGCAGGAUGCUUGAGCGCUUCCUAGUGUCAACCUGGACGCCGAUCUCCGAGAAUCUCGGAAUAGCCCAUUGUGAAGCGACCACCGACUCAGCAGCUGAUUGUCAUUAAUGAUGGGAAAUGCUUCCUGCAAUACUCGCGGGAUGGACGAUCUGUUCUUUUCACCCUACCAUACAUCAACAAAGGAACCGUUGAUACAAUCGACCUCUGUCGUUCAUAAUGAGACGAGGUUUCCUUUCCCUAGUCUUCCUCCCGAGAUUACAGAUCGAAUAAUUGACCAUUUACAUGGCGAUCUACAAUCCCUUCGCCAGUGCAGUCUCGUGUGCAAAGUCUGGUUACCUCGGUCGCGUUACCACUAUUUUCAUAGUAUCAUCCUAGGAAACCAGUCGACUUGUCGUCGCUUCGUCAGAUUGCUUGAUGACAACCCGAAUGUCGGUUACUGCGUGAAGGAACUGAAGAUCUUCAUAUAUUUCGAACAACCUUCAUGGCUGGCGAGCAUUUUGCCUUAUAUAGCCCAAAGGCUACCCUCCGUUGCCCGUCUUCAUCUAGGCGGAAAUGGUCUAUACCAAGCCCUAUGGUUCCGCCAUUUCAAUUCGGUACAAGAGCUUUACAUGUCAAGCUGCACAUUCGAAACGAUCAACGAAUUCGUCGCCUUGUUAUGUUACCUUCCUUCCUUGAAGGACAUGUAUUGUUCAAACGUCCUCGUUGGGGACGCUGCAUCUCUCAAGGCACCGCCAAUUACCACUACACAUCCCCGGCCCGCCCUUAGGAAACUGGAAGUCCUAUCCACCCGAUUGGACUCAAAGAUGUUUACGGAAUGGCUUAUGGAGGAAGGGAUGCAUCGGAGUGUGGAAGAGAUCGUGCUUCGUCCGCUUCAGAAGUACCAUCUUGUGAACGUCGGUCGUUUUGUGAAGGCAAUAGGUCCAAGCCUGAAGCGAUUUGAGAUCGCACUCAUUGCUCUAAGGAGUCAGGGAGGUUUUGAUGACGUCUUUUCGACAUCGUUCUCCUUUGCACCAUGUACCCAACUCCGUUCCCUCGCCUUCGGCUCUCCAGGCGGGUACUCGACGAAAUAUAGCACCGACGAUCCAUCAAGCAGGUGGAUUUCAAGCAUGCUAUCACAAGUAACUUCCCCAUUUAUCCAAGACAUUACAUUCUGGAUUGAGGAUAGUGACAUCAUUUGUAUUCGGUCGGAAGAAUGGGCUCCCGUAUUUUCGAUACUGGAGUCGGAGAAGUUUAGGACCUUGAAGAAGGUGUACUUGAAGCUGUGGGGAGAAAGCAAGAUGCUUACGGAUGCACUGGCGAUGUUCAUCAGGGAGAAGUUGCCGAGGCUAGAUAGGGAAGGCGUGCUUGUGUUUGUAAGGGAUGAACGACCUCCACUCAUUUAAGCAUAGGCUUCUUGUUGCUAUUUUGACGGACUGGAUCCACCUCCAUGUCGAAUAUAUAGAUUUCGUAAUUUUUCGGAUUAGAGUGUAGCAAACGGAGAAUAACUCUCACUGUAACAG